AUGCCUCAUAAUGCACCACCAUCCAUACAGAGCAUCCUCCUCACGUCCUCCCCGCCAACCUCCCCGUCAACGUCAACCCUCAUGGACUCCGGCAGUCCACCCCACGUUAUCAGCCCCCACGACGAUAACCGCCCGCCCGGAGGAACACGCCGCACAAACGGUACAAAGACUCCUCGCAAGGUCCAGUGGCACGACGAGCGCGACGCUGAGGAUCCAAAUGCAUCAACAAGAGCGUUGGAUGAACAUGGGCUUGACCCAUCCGCAUUUGAAACAUUGACUGAUGCACUCGAACGCCAUCGAGCCGUGUCACCCUCAGAACUUCCCAAGCUAGACACGGUCCUGACACGAGAGUCCUCAAGCACGACCACUGACACUGAAUCGCCCGAGACGAUGAACGGGUCGCCGUCGCACACUGUGGCAGGCGAGGCCUUCAUCGACCCGAGUGAGACAGCAGGUUUGCCCGGCGCGGGUACAGAACGGCACUCGGUGCAACAGGCGCAGAAAGUCAUCAGCGCACAUCGCAGAAGCUUCUUCGGCGGCAUGCACAUGCCACACGUCCCACACAUGCCUCGACGACACACCGAGACCCGUGACGCUAGCGGGCACAAAAGCACCAGCAGCACCGGCGGCGAGGUGCGCAAGCGCAAGCCAAAGAAGAAGAAGAAGAGCAGGUGGUUCGGUCUCUCCGCGACUGAGUCUGAACUCGAGUCCGACGUCGAGCGCGCCGCAGAGAGUCCGCUUAUGCCCCCGCCCCCGCGCGGCGGUGGCGUCCUCUCCGCGCUGCUGCAAUUGUACGACUCGAACGAUGCGGCGUCGGGCACUGUCGCUAGUCUCUCUGCGCAGUCGUCCUUGGAAGACUUGCGCACACCGGCGAUGUUUCCUCCGACACGCACGGCUACUCAAGACAGCGUAUCGGAGAAGCGGGACUACUUUCAGCAAGGUGAGCGUGGGCGCGUGCGGGAUGGCGAACAGCGGCGCGCUCGCUCUCAAGAGCGGCCGCGGUGGGCGGGCUCUGCGAAUUCAUCCCUCGUUUCGGUGUCGAACCUACCGAAUUUGCGUGUACCUAAGCCAUGGGGCGACUCGAGGCCACCCCAGGCAAGGAGUGGGGCAGGUGUGUUUGGUCCGCUGAUUGCAAGCACGGGCAACAUUUCUGGCGUCGCUGCGCCAAAGAAUAGCACAUUGGCACCGAACAUCAAGCGGCCGGGAUAUCGGUUGUCGAGAUAUUCGCUAGAGAGCAAUCUGCCGCAAGUCAAGGAUGAGGUCGAGCCCCAGCUUUCUCGCCCGCGGAGUAUGCAUUUCGAGACUUCAAACUCGGGAGAUUCGGUACCCGAGCACCCGUCGCACUUGCGCACGUCGUCACUGCCAAUGAAUGCUUUCGAGGUGUCCCCCAAGUUCGGCAAGUGGACGGGCGUGUUGAAGGAUCUACCCAAGCGGACGUGGAGCCACGUAGGUACGCCGAGCACACCGGGCACGCCAACUAGCCCGACUAGUGAGGACGAGCUCCUGGAGAAAGAACGGCUGCGCCAGAAAGAGAAGGAAGAUAAGCGGCGGCGCGAGAAGAGGCGAAGAAAAAAAGCCGAGGUCUUCAUCACUCGUCAUGUCGCCGAAAUCGUGCAGCGCCAAGAGUUCAUUAUGAAGCUCGCGCGCGCAAUGAUGAUGUUCGGCGGACCGACGCACCGGCUGCAGGCACAGAUCCAGAGCACGGCGAAGGUGCUUGACAUCACACUCAGCUGCAUGUACCUUCCGGACGUGAUGCUCAUCUCGUUCGAGGACCCGACGACGAGCACGAGCAACAUCAAGUUCAUCCGUCAGGCGAGCGCGCUGGACAUUGGGAAGCUGCAAGACGCGCAUGCGUUGUACUGGAAGGUCAUCCACGAUGACAUCUCUGUCCAGGACGCGUCUGCGGCGCUCGACGACCUGAUGCGCAAGACGCCGCUCUACAAGUUCUGGCAGCUGAUUUUGAUUGGGGGAUGCUGCUCCUCGUUUAUCUGCAGUGUCUCGUUCAACGGCUCGUUCAUCGACUCAUUGGUGUCAUUCCCGCUUGGCUGUCUGCUCAUCGUCAUUCAAGUUUUUGCCGCGCGAAACGAGCUGUACUCCAAUGUCUUCGAGAUCACGGUUACUCUGUUGUUUAGUUUCAUAUCAGCUGCGCUCGCGGAUGUAGGGCCUUUCUGCUACACCGCUGUGGGCGCCUCGUCGAUUGUGCUCAUCUUGCCUGGUUUCAUCAUAUUGUGCGGUAGCUUGGAGCUAGCAUCGCGCAACAUCGUAUCCGGCGCCGUGCGCGUUUGUUUCUCCCUGAUCUACUCGCUGUUCCUGGGCUUUGGACUUUCCAUCGGGGCAACAGCGUAUACCAGAAUCACGCAUCAUACGUUUACGGCAGCGGAUGACUUGACGUGCAACAAGAGUCACGAUCCGAACGGACCAUGGUACCAGCGUACCCCGUCGUUGUGGUGGGCUUUCCUCACUGUGCCGAUGUACUCUCUGUUUCUCAGCCUACGAAACCACGCGCCGUACUAUCGGGUUGAGACUAUCUUGGUCGUUGCCAUCUCUUGCAUCGGCUGGGUGUGCAACCACUUCACUGGUACCAAGUUCAUUGGCCAGAGCGACAUUUCUGCUGCCGUCGGUGGACUUGCCGUCGGUUUUGUGGCCAACAUGUACGGACGGUUCUUCCGGAACGGCAAUGCUUUCGUCGUCAUGAUCACGGGUAUUCUCUUCCAACUGCCCUCUGGACUUGCGAAUGGUGGCCUGUUCUCCUUCGUGUCAGACGAAGCCGAGGGAUCGUCGUCGAACACGUCCUACAUUUCCGGAUUCGACACCGCUCUCCAGCUCGUCUCCGUUUCCAUCGGCCUCACGGUCGGCCUUGGCAUAUCGCUUGUACUCGUCCAUCCGGUUUCGUCGCGCCGGAGGGCGGGUGGCGUGUUCAGUCUGUGA